ACAGCCAGUGCCAUAUGACAGCGUUUCUAUGGUAACAAAGUUGUAAACACGAUUUCCCCAGUGCCUUGAAGUGAAGCUAACCUAGUUAGCCUAUACGUAUCCCAUUCAUUCUUAACAGUUAAAUUGUAGUAUUCUAAACAAUGCCCAAGAAGAAAGGAAAAAAUGGAAAGAAAAGUAAAGGAAAAGGAAAGAAAGAAGGCAAACACGAGUCAAAAGUCGAUAAAGAGUCUGACAUUGAGAAGGCAAAGGCCAAUGCUGCUCUUUGGGAAGCCAGGCUGGAUGUCACCGAACACUCGCGCGUGGAGUACCGUGAAGCUACCCGCAGGUUGGCACGAGCCAAUGAAGAGCUCACUAACCAGCAGUAUCGUGCAGAGAAAGACACAGUUGACAUAAUUGCCUUCUUGAAGAGGAAAGAUGCUGAGAAAGAAGAAAAGAUUACAAGGCUAGAGGGACAACUUAAAAGUAAAAAAAAACAAGCCCUUGAAGAAAAUGAACAACUGGUUGCAGAAUACACUCUUAAAAUCAAUGAGCUGGAGGAGAAGUUUGAGAAGAGAUCCAAUGAGUUCAGGAUGAUCCAGGGUGAACUGAAGACUAUCAAGGAGUUUCGGAAAAAGAAAGCCCAGAUGGAGCAGGAGCUCAAUAGUAUUAAAGAAAGCAUGUACAUUGCAGACAGAGAGCACAAGGAAAGCCUAGCUAGAAUGGAGCACAAAUUCUUCAGUGAAAAGGUUCGCCUAGAGAAAGAGGCCGAGCAGAGGAUCGCCCAGCUGGCUGAGAGGGCCCACAAUGAAGCCAUAGUUCAGUUGGAUGAUGCAUCACGUUCAGUGUUCAAGGAGAACGUUCGUCUCAGCGAGGCUCUCAGCUGCCAUAUGAAGGAGGUAGAUGACCUGAGGAAGAUGACUGUGUCAUUGGCUGAGGAAAACACCUCGCUGGCACUGCAUAAGGAGACCAGUGAGCUGAUGAUGAAGGAGAAUGUGUCCCAGGUAAGGGCCCAGAAUGAGGAGAUAGCAGAGCUUAGGGGGAAGGUGGGGACCUUGGAGCAGGCCCUGGGGCUCAUGGUGGGGGAGUUUGAGAGAGACAAGGUGGAGACGCAGAACCGAGCCCUGGUCAGCACCCAGGCCGGCCAGGUGGAGCUGGAUAAGCUGCAGAAGCUGCUGGCCAUGAGGGAGAAGGAGAUGGGGCGAGUGAAGCGGCUGGCACGCAGCAUCGUGGAGCAGCGCACAGAGCUGGAGUGCUUCUUUCAGGAGGCUUUGAGCCAGGUGAGGCAAAAGAUCCAGGCUAGCCGGUUGCAGUACAGGCAGGAGGCCCUGGAGGCCUACCGCAGGAGGAUGAGUGAGGCUCGGUCAGGCAAACAGGAGUACCCCCGCAUCCGCACCUUCCACAAAACCCCUCACAGCACCAACAGUGUCUAUACCGACCUGGAAGAGGCAGAGAAGUGGAACAAUCUCCAGAGCAACAAGGUUGACAUCUCUGAACUCACAUGGGAGCAGAAGGAGAAAGUUCUUAGACUGCUGUUUGCCAAAAUGAACGGACAGAAAGUAAGCAGGAAACUGAGUCAACCUUUGGCGUUGUCUGCGUCCCCAGAGAGGAACCAGAACGACAUUGAUCCCGGAAUUACAGAGGAGCCGUCCCAUGUGACCUUCAUCACCCAGGCGCCUGUGUCCAACCUGCCCUCGAACCCCAGCGCCCUGCCGGAUAUCCAGACCACAUGACCUAUCCCUGCAGUGUUAAUCGGUCUGAGAAAUGUGCUGGUCCAAAUGAAGUGUCUCCAGAAUUAUGUGAAAAA